CUUCAAUGCUUUCAGCCAGCCUGCUGAGGCAGUGGGUGAAGUCUCCCAACGUCGGCAGGUCAAUUCGACACCGAUCAGCUAUAUUGUCGUACGCGCGUCCAUCCACCAGUCCUUACGAAUGCCACGGUCCCCGAUCUCGCUACCAAUUCACCAGUCGAAAUCUCAACAUCAAAGCUCCUCGCUACAACAAGGCUCGGGCGAACAUGACGUCGCCAGCUGCUACCAAUGCUGCAAUGGCGCAGCCCUCUGAAAUAGUAUCCGCGCAAGAUGUUCCUCCGAUCGAAACACAUGCUGAAUCCAAGGGCUCUAAGCGCCCGGCCGAAGACGAGAUCGAGGGUGAGGGUUCAGCACCGACAGCGGGCGGGACACCCAACGAUGCGCCGCUCUCCAAGAACCAGCUGCGUAAGCUGAAGCGCCAGAGGCUCUGGGAGGAAAAGAAGGCCGACAAGAAGGUGCUUCGCAAGGAGAAACGCCACGCGAAGCAGGAGCGCAAGCGGGAGGCGAAACAAGCUGUGAUUGCUGCUGCGGUGGGCGAGGGGAAAGAUCCUGUUCUCGUUGUCGGUCAGAAUAAGCCGGCGCCAAAACAGCCGUCCACGCGCGUCCCUAUAACAGUUGUCCUCGACUGCCAGUACGAGAAGUAUAUGCUUGACAAAGAACUCGUGUCUAUGGCCAGCCAGGCGACACGAUGCUACUCGGACAACAAAAAGGCACGAUACCGGACGAAUUUUGUGGUGAGCUCCUUUGGAGGCGAAAUGCGGCACCGGUUCGAGCAGGUGCUCAACAAUCAGUACAAGAAUUGGAAAGGGGUGCGCUUUGUCGAAGAUGAUUUUGUCAAGGCGGCGCAUGAUGCCAAUGCGUUCACAGCAGGACCGGAUGGCGGGGAGAUGAUACCGAGCUUACAGAAGGCGGCUGAAGAAGGCGCGGAGCCCGACUCCGUCAUCGUCGCGAAGCCACCCCCGCCAGACAGCAAGAAGAAGGCCAAGCUUACAGCACACGCCCCUGCGCCUGAACUGGAGGCUGAGGACGUAGACAAGUCCAUUGUCUACCUGACUGCGGACUCACCGUACACACUCGAGCGGCUUGAGCCCAACACGACCUACGUGAUUGGCGGCAUCAUUGACAGAAACCGGGAAAAAGGCUUGUGCUACAAGGUUGCCCGGGAGAGAAACGUCCGAACCGCCAAGCUGCCCAUUGGUGAGUUCAUGGUGCUGCAGAGCAGGCACGUGCUGGCGACGAACCAUGUCAUGGAGAUUAUGCUUAAGUGGCUGGAGCUUGGGGACUGGGGUGCUGCCUUCAUGCAGGUCAUCCCUACACGUAAAGGUGGGAAACUGAGGGACGGCGAUGACGACGAUCAUGACGAGGUACCUCAGGCCCCAGGCGGUGCGGCGGCUACGGAGGAUGAGGGAAACCUUGCGGAUACCGAGCAAGGCACGACAGCGGAGCAGCUGGAGAAGCCUGCAGAGUCUUCGGCCGUGGAAAAGCCAGUGUCGUCUGAGCAGGAGCCUGUCGUCGAGCUAGAAGGGGACAACUCCGAUGCCGGGCUUGAGAAGAAUGCCCUGAACCAGCAAAGGUGGUCAGCUCCGCCGGUAGAGUUUGAGGAAGUCCCCGCCCUGGGAGAUGGUCCCAAGAAGGACAAUGUCUCAAAGGAUAUAUAGCACACAUCACGAAUACUGCAUCAAUCAUGUCAUCACGUG